CGUGAAUUACCAAAAAUGAACGAGAAGUUGGAAAAAGUGGAAGCCAAGCGCAAGACUAAGCUCCCUGAAAUCCCUCUUGAAAAGGUAGAGGAGUACAUCGAGUAUUAUGAAAAGUUGAUCCAAAAGAAGGUGCAUUCCAAUAUCAACAAAAUCAGGCGCCAAGCUUUGAAAAAUAUUCAAGACAAGUUCAAAGAUAAUGAAGGCAAGUCAAAAGCCAAGAACCUGCAGAAGAGAAUGGAGGAAAUCAGAGCUUUCUAUGAAGGAGACAUCAUCAAAAUGGAUGCAGCUCAAAAGGAUUGCACUGAAUCCAAGAAAGUCGUUAAGUGGUACGAGUGGGACAUGGUCAUGGUCAUCCCCAACCCUGAUUACUAUGAAGGGGAAGGCUACCUACAUGGUGAAGGAGAAGAAGCAGCUGAACAAGCGGAAGAAAUCUAUAAGAAGUGAUUCAAGAAAUCAACAAGUGAUGAUGCUGAAGGCAAGAAGGAAAGAGAAGCUGAAAUCAAACUUGUUAAAGAUAUUGUUACAGAAAAGUUGAUGAGACAUGGCAGAGUACUGGAUGUAGGAGGUAGACGGUUCAAACCAGUUGAAGAGCUAGACCUCAAAAAAGAUGAGCCUGUCCAUGAAGGAGGAGAUGAGAUGGACAUCCCUGAUGAAGAUGCUGAUGUGCAUAAUGUUCGAGAAAUGGAUAUCAAUAAUGACAUCCAAGACGAGGAGCUCUUCUAUGAUACAAGAAUGUAUCUCUCUGAUUUCAGUAAUCUUAUUCUAAAUGCACUAAUUUAUAAGAUAAACAAGGUCCUUGGUUUUGAAACACUGCUUAUGAUUUCAAAAUCAGGACAAAAUUUGUACCUCCUUAUCCGUGCUUCUGAUGGAGAUCUAAGUGUUCAUGCCCAAAAUCAAGGAUAUCUUCUCUCUCUUGAGGUUGGCUACACAGAUAUUGAAACCCAGCCUCCCUACAGCUUAGAGCCCUGUGAUAAAUAUUUGAAUCCUCUCAACAAAGUCAUUGUACCUGAGAAAUACGAGGCAAAAGUUGAUCAGUAUGAAAAAUUGAUGAAAGAACAACUUGCUCAUAUCUACAAAAAGAGCAAAGAAGGCACUAGACAUUCUACAAAUAUUUCCAUUGCUGAGCUGGCGUCCGAACUUGGAACCAACGAUGUGUUCAAUGGCCACGGGAUCAAUGAUGAGACUUGGGAAACCUAUAUCAGGUUCCUUGAGAUUAUUUCAAAAACGCUCAAGAAUUUCAUUGAAGAUCCCACUAUCGAGGUGACCAAAGACAGAUUAGGUAGGUUCCUCAGAAAAGCCUACGUCUCUUCGAUAAGUUAUGCAAACCAGACUGCAGAAACCAACAAGGGUAAACUCAAGAAUCUUUGGGGUCGACUCGGGAUUGACGAGCCAAUGCCUGCUUACACACAAUACGUUAGGAAGAUUAAUGAUUUUGGAGAAGACGAGUUCGACCGCUUCUGGACAAGAUAUGUAACGAAUGAGUUCAAUGACAGGUCUAUUUUCUCAAACUCUGAUAAGCUAAAAAUCAUGGACAUGGCAAUCCAAAGCGUGUUCUUGAUUUCAAAUAUGACUCACUUCGGAUACUUAAAGGCAUACUUCCCUCUACAUGAUGAGUACCAACUCUGAGGAUGGAAAAGAGACAAAGUUCUCAAGGAUGAUGAUAUAGAGACAGACCUGUGCAAAGCCAUGGGAGAAGACGUCUACCAAUACAUCAAACCUGAGGUAGAAUGAGUGAUUGAAAGGUGGAACACGAGUAUGAGAACAAUAUUGAGUCCACCUGUAGAUAAGAUUAGAAACUACUUUGGCGAAAAGAUUGCUUACUACUUCGACUUCAUCUCUCUCUGGACCAAGUUCAUGAGCUUAUUAAUUCUAUUUGGAAUUCCUGUCACAGUCACUCUAUGGGCUCAAGAUCCUGAUGAUUUAGCUUCUGAAAUAUUCGUAAUCGCUUAUGCAAUCAUGAACGUGAUAGUCGCCACUUUGUUUGUAGAAUUCUUGAAAAGAGAAGAGAAAUACAGGGCUUCAACUUGGGGUACUAGUAAAUUAGCAGAUGAAGAUUUCAUCAGGCCUCUGUUCAGAGGAAUAUUCAGAAGAUCUCCAAUCGACGAUGACCUUGGUGACCCACAUUUUACAUUUUUCAUGAGAUACUGGAGACUUAUGGUAUCCGCCCUCAUUAUUUGGUUAGUUGCAGGAGUUUCUGUUGGAAUAACAGUAGGACUUUUUGUUGUUAGAUAUGAGCUUGCAAAAGAAUGGAAAGGCACUGGAGAUAUAAUCUGGGCCCCUAUAAUCACUGCUAUAAUUGGAGCAAUUCUUCUUUUUAUCAAAGACCUUGCGGUAAGACCUAUCAUUAAAUGGUUGACGAAAUUCGAAAAUCUCAAGACAGAAGCUGAAUAUGAAUUCUCAUACAUCAUGAAGUUCUUUGUAUUCAGAUUCAUAAAUACUUUUGGCCCUCUUUUCUACAUCGCUUUUGUGAAGAAAUAUGUGACUGGUUGUAUUACCACUGAAAAUAACUUCGAAGCAGAGGAAAAUAACUGUAUGUGGGAGUUGAGGUAUGAACUCAUAAUCCUUACAGUAUUUUUCUUCUUGACAAAUUUCCUUGAAAUAUUGAUACCUUAUCUCCGUUCUGCCAGAUCUCUUUCAUCCAAAAUCACUGCAAAAUCAAUCAAGGGAAAGUCUAAUGAAGAAAUUCUGAAGACUAAGGUCUAUAUUGAGUACCAUAGACAGUCUUACGAUGAUGGUGAAAUUAAUGGAGUGGUUGAAGAGUACUUUGAAAUAGUCAUGCAAAUUGGAAUAGUCUUCAUCUUCAGUCUUGCCUUUGGUAUAAUCCCCUUGAUCGCGGUUAUUCAAAAUGUGAUGGAGAUAUUCAUUGAUCGUAAAAAGCUAGUGUCACUGACAAGAAGGCCAGUGCAGCAGUCUGCCAAAAGUCAUGGUCUUUUUACAUCACUGAUAGAGGUCCUUGCAUUUAUAGCAAUUUUUACGAAUUUUGGAAUAGCUUGCUUCACCUCUGAAGCGUUUGGAAAGACUCAUAAGUUUACCAGCUUCAUCUGGUGAAACAUCAGCAUCUUUAUAAUAAGAUUUAUACUACAAGAAAUGAUUCCAAAUGAGCCGGAAGUCGUUUACAACGUGAGACAGAGACAUACUCUAGUGGUGGAGCAAACUCUUGGAAAAUUGAACCUCUCAGAACAAGAAGUUAACAAAGGAGAGAAGACAUUCUUUGGGGUUUUACACACUGUUGAUAAGAAGGGUAAAGAGGCAGAAAGGAAAGAGAUUAAAAGAGAGAAGUAAAAUUGGCAAAUGUUCAAUAAACCAA